AUGGUGCUCAACUACGUCGUCCCCGCCCGCAAGGUGGUGCCCGCCCUGCUCGGCAGCCUGGCAUUUGCCACUGUGGCCAGCUCGUACACGACGUCAUUGUUCGCCACGCCCGCGAGCUUCCACAACAAGGAAUGGGAGAACGCGACCCUGGAUCAGUUGUCCGCCAAGGCCCGGCAAGCCUCUGACUUGCCCGCCAUUGUGAACCCCUUCCGGCACAUGGCAUAG